ACAAACCGGGCCCAAUCGCUAACCCACUCCUCAGCGCUGCUAAUCCCCGCAUAGUGCAAUACCUCAUAACAAAGCUCGAAACAUCCCUCCCAAUGCGCGAAUAAAUGGCCACAAGAUCCUCGAUAGGAACCCACCACUUAUCCCCAAUCCAAACCUUCCCGUCCUCCCCGUUGCGCGCAAUCCUGGAGGAAAGUAUCACAUCCCCGCCGAGGUCCAAAACCCUAUGCGCGGCAGCCUCAUCCCCGUCAAAGUCCACGCCCGCCAGCGCGCUCAGAAAUCCCGUGGGGAGGCGGAUAGCAUGCCACGUCGCGUCCGCCACCUGAUGACUGGCCACGGCGAAUACAAACCCAAUAAGUUUCUCCAGAUGCUCCUGCUCCUCCGGCGUGCGCUGCUUGGAGGUCAGACUGCCGUAUCGAGAGUUUAUGUGUUCGACGGUAGCGAUUAGGAAGGGCGGCCAGUGCGCGGCUUCCGCAUCGUCGUUGG